CCUGUACUGAGUACUUACAAGUACUUACUGCUAAGAGGUGGUCAGGUAGCACCCUUUCCCCUAGCGCUGGAGAGUAGGGGAUAGGAGCCGCCUCAUGCUAUUUACCCAGCUCCUAUACAAUUGUCCAUCUUUCAGAAGUACCAACCUCAGACAGAUCUAGUAUCUCCUCGAGGAAUCUUUUUUCUUAGAAACUUCCACGCAGCAGAGAUAUUUAUCUCAUUUGUUCGCCAUAAGGUCCGAGUUGUGCUCCAUCCGGACACCUGUCUACUUGAUUUAAGGAGACGAGCGCCACAAACAGGCUUCCUUACCUCAUACCUCCAUUUCCCCAAACACAAACUUCCCAUUAAUCGGCAAGGCUUUUCCAAGUUAUUCAUAAGAAAAGGAACAUUUGGAAAUCUGAACCCGGACAAUGGCAACCAUCAAUUUGUCAUCCAAUGGUCCUUCCAUAUCGAAGAGCUAUCAGAAUGUGGUCAACGCGGCCCCUAAAGCUGGAGGCUCCCCUACCCAUGGACAAUGGGCGGUGUUUUCUGUCUCGACACCUCUCGUAAAUGCAUUUCAACGAGAUGCCGGCAACAAAGAAAGUGUUCUCAAGGUUCAAAGCACAGGAGAGGGCGAACUUGCGGAUCUUGUGGAUGAGUUCUCUGAGGGUAAAGUCCAAUUUGCAUUUGUGAAGGUCAUAGACCCAAAUUCUGGGCUACCCAAGAAUGUUCUUAUCGCAUGGUGUGGGGAGGGGGUACCCGAGCGGACGAAGGGGUACUUUACGAGUCACCUUGCUGCUGUAUCGAAGUUUUUACAUGGUUAUCACGUUCAAAUAACGGCACGCUCCGAUGGUGAUCUGACCCCCGAGGGUAUAAUCCAGAAGGUUGGAGAUGCAUCUGGGGCGAAGUACACAUCGGCAACAGAUCAGACUCCGGCCCCUGUUGCUCUCCCCACGGCUCCAGCCAAGCCUGUUUUCACUCCUGCACGUACCGGCGGCCUUGAACCGAAAUUUGUCGCGACUGUCCCUGAGCGCAAAUUACAACGAACCAAUGACGACGAUGGAUGGGGCGCCGAUGCCCCCCCGGUCACGAGGAGUCAGCUGGAGAAGGUCCAGCCAGCAUACAAACCGACUAAGGUGAACAUGCAGGAGCUCAGAUCAGAGCGGUCACCGGCGCCGGAUGCUAGUGCUCGACCUGUUGAAGAUUCCAGUGAUGUCGUUAAAGGAGGUUAUCAACCUGUUGGGAAGGUCGACAUUGCUGCCAUCAGGAGACAAGCGCUUGAAGCUGGUGGUUCCAGAGAUGAUAGACCGGAGCCCGUCAGAGGCUCAUACGAACCGGUCGGCAAAGUCGACAUUGCUGCUAUCCGUUCUAAGGCACAGAAACCAACGCAAUCCCCCGGAGUUCCUAAUGAGAAGCCUGUGGUCUCGACUGAUGCACCCGUUAAAUCAUCUGGGGUGUCUUCAAUCCAUGACCAUUCGGAACGUCUGACGAGCCUGCCGAAGCCGAAAGUCGCCAAAAAAUUUGGAUCAAGCCCUCAAUUUCCCGGCACGAAGCCACCCCUCCCUAGUGAACCUUCGUCGACCCCAACUUCUUCCACGGCAGCAAUCGGCGGUGCAAGUCGUACUUUUGCUAACCAAGGAGGAAAGACACCGGCACAACUAUGGGCGGAAAGAAAAGCCAGAGAGCAGGAGUCGCAUCCCGGCUCUUCGUCGCCUAACCCCACAGAACCCUCAGUACAGUCUCAGGAGAGUGGCGCAGCGGGGUGGAAGAGCUCAUAUAGCGGUAAAAGCUGGGCGCCUGUGCAGACCACUGAGGCAGCCAAGUCUACUGGCCCUGCCGAUUUCCAUCAGGCCGAUGAUUCUACUUCAGAGGCUCCAGGAUCACAAGAUCCGACUGCGCCCAACACCGAUACACUUCGUGGUCAGGCUACCCACGACGCGACCUUCGAAAAAGCGACCGGCAGUCCAGAAACAGGCCGUACUGCAUCUCUCCCUGGCGUUCAGACAGGACCCGUACAGACAGAGGCUGAAUACCCGGCAGAAGUGAGGCCUGAAUCGCCAGCUCCGCCCAGCCCACCGGCGCGUGAGACUUCUCCGAUCCGUAUUGCAAUCCCCGUCGGACAAGAACGCUCGGAUACGCACGCGGAGCAAAGUGCGCCUUCUCACGCCAUCGAUACUCAAAGCACACCCACUCUGGAUGACUCGAAACCUGAUCUUCAUGAGGCUGAGCAACCGCCUACUAGUGCUUUUGCCGCGGGCCAUCCUCAAGAAAGUGGAAUCAAGGCUCUGGUUCAAUAUGACUAUGAAAAAGCAGAAGACAAUGAGAUCGAGCUUCGAGAGGGUGAGUUUGUUACAGAUAUCGAGAUGGUCGACAAGGAUUGGUGGCUGGGCACAAACUCCCGCGGCGAGAAAGGCCUGUUUCCGAGUAACUAUGUCGAGCCUGUUGACGACAACGAGCACUACGCCCAUCCAUCGGACGCAGACGUUUCGAAACAUGAAGCAACUAGCCCAGCCCCCCCGGCCGAAACACCAGUUCCCACAGCUGAGUCUCCGAGUAAGGAGCAUACCGCUAUUGCCCUAUAUGACUACGAAGCAGCGGAAGACAAUGAACUCAGUUUCCCAGAAGGAGCUGAGAUAACGAAUAUCGAAUUCCCGGAUAAGGACUGGUGGUUUGGUGAAUACAACCACAAGAGGGGCCUUUUCCCCUCGAACUAUGUGCAGUAGCAGCAUGUUGAGUAGUGUCAAGUUCCUCACAGGUAGUUUUUAGUCAUCAAUUUGAAAAAGAUUUUUGACACAUUAGC